AUGGAGGUGCUUUCUCGCAUGUUGAAUAGCCCACCUCAGAAUUUUCAAUUCCACCAGUUUUGUGAGAAGGUCAGAUUAACUCAUCUUACUUUUGUAGAUGACCUGAUGAUCUUUUGUACUGCUGAUAAUCAUUCUAUUAGUUUCAUAAAAGAGACUAUUAAGAGGUUUGGUGAGCUUUCAGGACUGUUUGCUAAUCUUGCUAAAAGCUCAAAUUUUCUUGUGGGGGUUAAUAGUUCGAAAGCUUCUUGGCUUGCUCCUAACAUGGAUUUUUCCAUUGGUCAUCUCCCUGUUCGUUAUCUUGGGCUUCCUCUCCUCUCUGGAAGAUUGCGGAGCUCUGAUUGUGAUCCCCUUAUUCAGCGUAUUACCAGUCAUAUUCGGUCUUGGUCUGCUAGAGUGUUAUCUUUUGCAGGUAAGGAGGAGGGAAGAGGUGGUGCUAAAGUUGCCUGGGAUGAGGUUUGUCUUCCUUUUGAUGAAGGAGGUCUUGAUAUUCGCGAUGGAUCUUCUUGGAAUAUAGCAAGCACGUUGAAGAUAUUAUGGUUGCUACUUGUUAAAUCUGGUAGUUUGUGGGUUGCUUGGGUGGAAUCUUAUAUCUUAAAGGGAGAUCGCUGUGGAGAUCAAUGCUGGGGUGGGUCGAUCUUGGGUAUUGGGAAGAGUGUGAGGAGAAAACUGUGGCGCCUUCUCUGGUGUGCUACAAUUUAUUUCAUUUGGCAGGAGCGAAAUCAUCGUCUUCAUGGAGGUGCUGUUCGAGAGCUUAUGGUUGUAUUCCAGCUCAUUCGGUCGUGUAUUAAAGCGCGUGCUGCUUCUUGGUCGGAUGGUGUUCAUGGUCUUAUUUAA